AUGGAUGGGCCCAGCUAUUCUUCCGCUGCCUCCGGCGUUCAGAGGGCCCUUCAAUUCUUCCUGCAGACAGUCGAUCAAAAAUCUGAUGGAUGCCGUGCCAAGCCUGCAGAAGCAGCAGCUGCUGCUGCUCCUGCAAGAGGAGCUGGUGAAGCAGCGGCGCCAGCAGCAGCGGCUGCUGUAGCGACAGCAGUGCCUCCGAGUCCCCCACCCGCGGAAGUCCCAUCGAAACCAGCAGCAGUUCAAGGCCGUGCCUCAGUGGGUACUCAGACGACAACAGCAACAGCAGCAGGAGGGCAUCAGUUCCCUGCAGCAACGGAGUCAUCUAGGGGCCUCCCAGGGUCCCCCAAGGGCUCCUCUGUAGACCCUUUUGCUUUCCGUGAGCGGCUGCCAACUUUAGAUUCUGCCUUUGCGCCGCAUGCAGAGGAAGUAGAAGAAAGCGGCUUUUCGCAGUUGUGUAGAUACACCUCAGAGGUUAUCCUUGCAGGGGCCCCCCAAUUAGGGAGGCCCUUCUUAGGAGGAGGGAACGAUGAGCUGCAGCCGGCAGAGCUGCUGCAGUGCGAGCAUAUGCUCCUUGAUGAUGUAGAUGAGCAGCAGCAGCAGCAGCAGCAGAAAGUGGAGCAAGAGCAGCAACCGCAGUUGGCUGUUUCUUCUGCCAUUCCUGCAGACUUCAAGAGCCCCCAUCCUGUGCUGCAGCUGCCUAUACACGCUGAGGUGUCUGGUCUCCCUUGUUCAUUGCUGCUGCCCUAUGUCUCUUACCGCCUUGCUACUGCAGCAGACCUUGUGCAGUUGCAGCAGCUGCAUGCAGAGACAUUUCCCUUUAUGUAUAACGAUGCCUUCUAUAACUAUAUCUGCUCAGGCAGAGGUUAUGCUCUUCUAGCAUCAGUACGCCGCAAAGAUAUUGCAGCAGUCAAGCUCAAGCUGCAGCAGCAGCAGCAACAGCAGCAGCAGCAGCAGCAGCAGCAGAAGGAGCAACAGCAGGAAAAGAGAAACGGGAGACACGGUGUCUCACAAGCUGAGUGCAAUAGCAAUGGUGCAUCUGCAGCAGCAACGAAACCGGAACCAACAACAGAUGCAGCAGCAGCAGCAGCAGCAGCAGCAACAGGGAUGUCUGGAGCUGCGAGUGGCGAUCGAUUGUCUUCAUGGCUUUCCUCUUUGCAAUCUACGAUGUUCCCAUCUCGUCAGCAGCAGCAGCAGCAGCAACAGCAGCAGCAGCAAGACGAGGAGCUGCUAGUAGGUGUUAUAACGGUCUCGCAAAGCCUUACAUAUAUACUUAACGAUGACGCUGUUGUUGUGCGCCGUUGGGUGCAGCAAAAGGAAGAAGAAAUGGCACAAGCUGCUGCUGCUGAAGUUGCUGCUGCUGCUGCAGCUGCUGCAGCAGAUGGUGGUGGUGAUGUCUGUGGUUGUGAUGGUGGGAAUGGUAAAACAGAACCUGCCAGCAGCACAACAGCAACAGCAGUAUCACCAGGAACAGCAGCAGCAGCAGCAGCAGCAGCAGCAGCAGGAGGAGAGGCAGGUAUUCCUGAGGAGACGUGCCGUUUGCAGGUCUUAGCAAGAGAAGAGAAACAAAUGGGUUGGAGUUCAUUCCUCUCUGGCUUUAAUCAAGACAGCAGCAGCAAGAACCGAACAGCAGCAGCAGCAGCAGCAGCAGCAGCAGGAGAGGAUAGGGAAGACGGGGAAGGACGGGUUAGUUAUUGUGGUAGUGUAGGAGAUAAUAAUAAUAAUAAUAGUAAUCAGCAGCAGCAGCAGCAGCAAGACAUGGUAUGUAAGGACUUGGCCUAUGUAUUAACAUUAGCAGUUGCUGCUCCUUUCCGUCGUUUAGGUAUAGCUGGUAGUUUGCUGCAGCAAGCGGUGAAUUAUUUUAGAUCAGCAGCAAACCCUGAAGGAACAAUUGCACUGUAUCUACAUGUAGCUGAAUAUAAUAAGGCAGCAUUAAACUUUUAUAUAAAUAAUUAUUUUUAUAAUAUAUGGUGUUUUCCUGAUUUUUAUUCAAUAGAUGGACAACCUUAUGGAUCUUAUUUAUGUUGCAUGCAUCUACAUGAGACAUGUAAUUCUUGUCGUUAUAAUAGACGUAAAAAAGCUGCAGCUGCUGCAGCAGCUGCAUCAGCAGCAGCAGCAUCAGCAGCAGUAGCAGCAGCAGCUGGUGUAGCUGGUGCAGAAGUUGUUAGAGGGAAAAAGAAAAAGAAACAGCAACAGGAGGGGCAGGAACAGCAGCAACAAAAACAAGAAAUUGAAGGGGAAGAAGAAGAAGAACAAGAAGAACAAGAACAAGAAGAAGAAGAAAAAGGAGGAGGAGGAGGAAGAGGAGGAAGAGGAGGAGGAGGAGGAGGAGGAGGAGGAGAAGAAGAUUUAUUACAAAAACAUACAAGAGGAAUUGUUAAAGGAUUAGAAGGAAUUGGCAAAGCAUUCAAGGCUGUACAAUCCUCUGUUACUGAUUUCUUACAUACUACUACUACUACUGCAGCAGCAGCAGCAGCAGCAGCAGCAGAUACUGCUCCACCAACAGAUACAGCAGCAACACCAGAUACAGCAACAAAUACAGCAGCAAGUAAUUCUACCAGCAGCUAUCAUCUUUAA